CCUGUGGGUGUUAUGAAUUAUGAAAACAUCGGCAGUGUUUCUGUUUUCACGCUGCUUGUAUGACUGCGCGGGUCGCUCCGCUCGUCGGUUCGUGUUUCUGUGGGGUGUGUGAAAGGCCAGGAGCGGUUCUUGCUGCUCCCCUCUCAGCUCAACGGCUGUGCCGUUCGCCCUCGUGUGACUUCAUUGUGAAGUAACAGGAAUCCUCUGGCGAACUCUGAGGACAUGGCAACCGUGACAGUGGAUGAAGCGGACCCAGCAGAGACCGAUGGAGCUGCCUCCGCCACCGCCUCCACGGAUCUACGCGACCCAGGCUGGAAUGAAUCGCAGCUUCGGCAAUAUAGUUUUCCAACCCGACUAAUACCGCGACUAUCUCAUACUGAUCCGCGUGCGGAAGAGCUCAUUAAUAACGAGGAGCCUGUUGUAUUAACAGAUACCAGUUUAGUAUAUCCAGCUCUAAAAUGGGACAUACCCUACUUGCAAGAGAACAUUGGAAAUGGGGACUUCUCUGUUUACAUAGCAGAAAAUCAUAAAUUCUUGUAUUAUGAUGAGAAGAAGAUGACAAACUUUCCAGACUUUGUGCCCAAAUCUCAUCGAAUAGAAAUGAAGUUUUCUGAAUUUGUGGACAAGAUGCAUCAAACAGAGGGACAAGGUGGAAAAGAAAGAGUGUACUUGCAACAAACUCUGAAUGAUACAGUAGGCCAAAAAAUAGUGGUGGAUUUCCUUGGAUUCAAUUGGAACUGGAUUAACAAACAGCAAGCUAAACGAAACUGGGGACCGCUGACCUCAAAUUUGCUGCUCAUAGGCAUGGAAGGCAAUGUGACACCAGCGCACUAUGAUGAGCAGCAGAAUUUCUUUGCACAAAUCAAAGGACAUAAGAGAUGUAUCCUCUUUCCUCCGGAUCAGUUUGACUGCCUCUAUCCUUACCCAGUUCAUCAUCCAUGUGACAGACAGAGUCAGGUUGAUUUUGAAAAUCCAGAUUAUGACAAGUUUCCUAAUUUACAAAAUGCUGUUGGAUAUGAGGCUGUUGUGGGACCAGGUGAUGUCUUAUACAUCCCAAUGUACUGGUGGCAUCACAUUGAGUCCCUGUUAAAUGGAGGAGUGACCAUCACAGUAAACUUCUGGUACAAGGGGGCACCCACUCCAAAGAGGAUCGAGUACCCAUUGAAAGCUCAUCAGAAGGUGGCCAUAAUGAGGAACAUAGAGAAAAUGUUAGGAGAGGCCUUGGGGGACCCACAUGAGGUUGGUCCAUUGUUGAACAUGAUGAUCAAAGGCAGAUAUGACCAUGGACUGAGUUAAUGGCCUGAGCUGAACCCUCUUUAGUGUGCUGCUAAGAUGGUCUGUUUAUACAUAUGUGUGGAUAUGAGUAUGUGCCUGUGUGUACAUUCAGACUGUUGAAAUGCCAGUGCAUGGCAGUAUUUUGGCAGUAUAAAGACUUUUGCCUUUU